CACAAAAUUUCUGACCAAAAUUUCUCAAUUGUAAUUUGUAACAAUGGCAACGGAUGAAAAAUACCCACAAUCAUAUCCACUAGCACCAUCAAGUAUUAUGCCAAGAAGUGAUGCAGAAUCAGCUACCAAUAAUUUCCAAUAUUCAAAUAAUCUCAGAAGGAAAAACAGAAUCAGAAGUAUUGUUCUCUUCACAAUUUUCCUCACUGGGAUUAUUCUUGUAUUUUCUUUCAUAUUUGUUCGAUUUAAAUCGCCUAAAUUAAGGCUCGAAAACAUCAGAAUAUCGAACGAUGGUGAUGGCAGAAUUAUUUUUUCCGCGCAACUUUUUAUGAGAAAUAGGAAUUUUUGGCGUUACGAUUUUGAUAGUACUAUAGGUGCUAUUAAUUCUGCAGGGGGUGAGACUAUUGGGCAAUUUGUUAUUCCAGAAGGAGAAGCACGACGUCGUUCGACGAAAAAACUUUAUGUUAUGGCUAAUAUUAUAUUGCCUUCAAGACUUAAUACUACUGGGAUUUUACCAGUGACUAGCCAGGCUAAAAUAAGAGGGAAAGUGAAAGUGUUUAGGGUGUUUAAAAGGAAGAAAUCUGCAGAUUUGAGUUGUACUAUGUCUCUAAAUUUGCCUAUAAGUGCAAUUCAGGAUCUUGAUUGCUAGUGACAAUAUUUGAUAGGAUUUUUGUUUUAAAAAAGCUCCAGUUAUCGGAAGCACAUUCAUGAUUUGAAUAUUAUGAAUUCAAGUUCAGAAUUCUUCUAUAGUUUAUUCGAUUUA